AUGGGGAACUCCCAGGGCAAGCCAGUUGUCUUGACCGACGAGGUAAACCUUAAUCACUUUCGUCUGCUCAGAGUGGUCGGAAAGGGAGCCUUUGGCAAAGUCCGCAUCGUUGAACGCAAGGAUUCCGGUCUGACAUUUGCACUCAAAUACAUCCGCAAGGAUGAGGUGGUGCGCUCCGAGAGUGUGCGUAACAUUAUCCGCGAGCGGCGCAUGUUAGAGCAUCUCAAUCAUCCGUUUUUAUGCAAUUUACGGUAUAGUUUUCAAGACGUCGAAUAUCUUUAUCUGGUUGUGGAUUUGAUGAAUGGCGGCGAUCUGCGAUUUCAUAUUCAGCGCAAGUCCUUCACCGAGGAAGCCGUUCGCUUCUGGAUGGCCCAGCUGGCAUGUGCAUUGCGAUAUAUCCACAGUCAAGGCAUUGUGCACCGAGAUCUGAAGCCGGACAACGUGUUACUGGACUCGGAAGGUCAUGUCCAUUUGGCCGACUUCAAUGUUGCCUCGGAUUUCAAGCCAGGAAAGCCCCUCACAAGCAAAUCGGGAACAUUGGCAUAUCUUGCACCAGAGGUAUUCAGAGGCUCGGGAUACUACAGUGAGGUGGAUUGGUGGUCUUUAGGUGUUACGUUCUUUGAGUGUAUCUACGGUAAACGACCUUUUGAAGGCAAAACUCAUGAAGAGUUGGCCGACAACAUUGGGGCUGCCAAUCCGCACUAUUUCAUCACCAAACCGCCAGUGUCGAUGCCGUGUCUUCAUGCAAUGACAUCGCUGAUUGAGAAGGACAGGCGGAAACGAAUUGGUGCGACUGGUUUCGACACAUUUACAUCUCAUCCCUUUUUCCAACCCAUUAAUUUCGAAGCAUUGGAAAGAAAACAAAUCCCACCUAUUUUCAUACCAUCCAGUGAGAAGACCAAUUUUGAUGCUACAUACGAUCUCGAAGAACUUCUUCUAGAGGAGGCCCCUCUUGAAGCGCGUGCAAGAAAGCAAAAACCAAGAGCCGAAUUACGCAAUGAUGCAACGACCAAGGAGAUCCGGGAAGACGAGCUGCAUCGCAUGAUCGAGACCAUGUUUGAGCCAUUCGAUUACACCCUGGCGAGCUAUGAUGUGAGUGCCGCUGCAGCCGUUGAAGGGACUGUCCCUGAUGAAGAACCCGAAUUGCAUACAACACAAACCGACUCGCAAUCUGUUCCUACAUCCCCGGAUGGUUCGCCACCACUUUCUCCCAGUAUGCCACCACCAUUGCCCCAAGUACCAGCGGAGCAGUACGCACCACCACCACCUCCAUCGGAGGAAUAUCAUGCGGCAGUGAGUCAUGUAAAUCAACCCAGCCGACCUAUAUCUUCCUCGAAAUCAUUCAGUCGACCGCUUCCACCACAACGACCAAUGGCGGCAACGCGACAGGCGAGCAAGGGUGGUGGAGUGCAGAUGGUACUAGACGAGCAUGGAAGUUGGUCCAACUUGGCAGAUCAGACGCCGACAGUCACACCUGAUGGUGCGGAUGGCACUGGAAAGUAUGACCGUGGAAGUGGCAGUAUGCUCGGGUUUUUGAGCCGGAAGAAGGGCAGAGACCGAAGUCCCAAACCCAAAGAAGCCGGCGUGCUCGGCAAGCUUGGAACACGACACAUCAUCAGUUGA